CAGCACUCGGCGAGCCACCGCACCACACAGCCGCGCACCAGCGCACCUCCCAGCGCCGUCGCCGCACCCUCGCCCCGGCACCACCGCCCUCCCAGACGACAGCAUGGCGACCGAGGCGCCCCCGCCCGAAGUCGCUCAGCCCGCGCCCGAGCCCGCCGCCGACGCGAAGCCGCCCGUGAAGCGGUCGUGGAGGCGCAAGUACCGCAAGAUGCGCAUCCGCUUCGACAACGCGAUGCAGCAGAGCAGCGCGCUGAUCAUGGAGGAGUGGAAGGCCAUGGGCGUCGCGCGCCGCCUGCAGGCCGAGAACGACCAGCUGCUCGACGCCCUGCUGGACUUCAACAACCAGCCACGCGUGCCGCCGCGCCAGCGCUUCGACCUCGCCGGCGCGAGUGCCGCGAGUGCAGCAGGUGCAGCCAGCGCCGACCCCGCCCACCCGCCCGCGCCUCAGCCUGCGACACUUGGCCUCAGCAGCGCCGCCAGCGCCGACCAGCACGCCCCGCCUGCCGCGCACGCCGCCGCCCCGCCUGCCCUGCCGCGCUCGCUCGCCAGCCUCGAGGCCACCGUCCCCCACACCGCCGUCGCCGCCGUCGCCGCCCUCCCCGACGGCAUCGACCUCAGCGAGCACGCGCCGGGCUACAUGUCCACCCAGCACGAGGAGGACUAUUUGCUCGCCCUCGACCAGCUGCUCGACGACCCGGCCUUCGAGCCUGCCACCUCGCACCACCGCACAUUCCACCUCGGCCCCUCGCAGCCGCCCCUGAGCGAGAAGGACCUCACCAUCCGCAACCCGGACAGCGUCUACAACUGGCUGCGUAAGAACCAGCCGCAGGUCUUCCUCCAGGACAAGGACGCCCCGCACCACGACAACGCCUCUGAAAAGGCUGCUCCCAAGGGCGCCAGCAAGAAGAGCCGCCCUUCGAACGUCGGAGGCGGCGGCGGCACCCCAGGCCCCAAGGACGACCAUGACGGCGAGGACUCUGCCGCGCCCGAGGGCAAAGCCAAGGGCAAGAAGAGUGCCGCCGACCCCGACGACACGGCCUACCGGCCCAAGGGCGGCAGCAGUCGGCCCGCCAAGCGCAAGAGGGAUGCCGGUGAGGGCGAGGCUAAGGGUGCUCGCAAGAAGAACCGGCCUAGCACGGCAGCAGCGCCGCCCCAGGCAGGGUAGCUUGCUGUCAUGACACAUCUGCUUUGUAUUACUACAUGGGAAACCGGCGUACGUGGGUCUGAUAGAUACCCUUGGGACAUGCUUUACAGCUGCGGCUGCGCUGUAUAAUAGUCAUCGAUGUCAAAGGAACAUUGAACCGUGAGAAUCUGAAUAAUGCUAC